UUUCGUUGUCAACAACUUCAGUGUGGUGGUUCGAUAGUGAUUGCGCGUAGUGUUAUUGUUUUGUGGAAAAAAUUGUGAAACUUAACUAAAUCCUACAUCUUAAGUGAAUAAAAUCGAUUUAGUUUUCGCCCUUCUUUAUCCUUAUUUAUUUUCUCCGUGAAAUAUGCCAAUCUCGAACGAGGUAAAAUUAAAUGCCAUGGACCUGGGGCUGGGUCAUGCUGGCUGUGACAACGUGUACCCCUUGUGAAAUAAUUUAUAAUCCUUGUUCGCGUAUUGGCCAAAGCGGGGAGAAGACGCCACGUGUGGGCCUGCGUACACCCGGGGGCGGGCGCUUUGCGCCGCCCCACUACUGCAUCUAUUUUCCAAACAUAUUGCUCGCGGAAGCGCGAAGCACAAUGUAGAGUCCUACUUGGACCCUGACAUCUUUGCUCCCGACCCGGCAGACCUCUACGACGAACCUGAUGAUGACUACGUCAAACUUCUUCUUAUGAGCCGUUCGACACCAUUCAUACAUACAGCACAGCAAAAAUUAUAUAGUUCGAGCAACGAGACAUUAAGGACUUUUGCUAACAGCUACGAUUGGCCUUCCUGACAACCGACCGAGGAUUUAACUUAUUCGGACUUCCGAUUCAAAACUUUCGACAGUGGAAACCCUGAAGAAUUUUUUACUAUGAAUAGCGAAGACGAACCCUUAUCGUCAUUAAAUCAACGACUACGUCCUAGGAGACGAACCUGUAGUCCCACUAUUAAAAAUGUUAGAAAAAGUGAAGGCAAAGUCUCUUUGGAUAGGCCUAAAAGGACAAGCACUCCGUCUAAGGCUUUACCAAACAAACCAGAUGAUCUCGACAAGUCUGAUACUCCUUCUUCUCCAUACUUUCUUUGUCCUUACUGCGAUAGAAAAUUUACGUCUAAACAAACUGUUACCAAACAUGCACGGCGUAUGCAUUUGUCGAGCUCAAAACAAGACUUCUUUAUUGCCUGUCUUUUCUGCAACCACACUGAGGCUGAGGCUAGUGACAUCGUUCGUCACAUGAUCGAUAGUCAUCCCAAUCAAUACUUUACUUGUAUGGAUUGUCAAACACGGUUUACAUCAGCUGCAGAACUCUCAGAACACAAGUUGAACGUUUGUGAGAAACAAAAGCCUUAUCGGAGCAAAUUACGUCAGAAGAAUUUGCCCACCUUGAAAAAAUCCGAAAAUACCAAUGCGACCGAUAGACAAAGUGAUUUUCAAGGCGAUAAAGAAGUAAUUGAAACUCACGGGUUUAAUGGAGUUGUAAUUUCGUGUGAACUCAAACCGUCUCAUGUGCACGAUGAAGCUGAUAUUGAAGAUAAUAUUACUACAAAUUUAAUUUUACCGCCCAGUAAAUCUAUAGGCAACAAUACAGUUAUUGAGAAGAAUGCAGUGAUUGUUUUAGAUGAUAUACAAUGGAAUAAGCGCAUACCGCCUAAUUUUUCUUUCCAUAACACCGAUGCAGACCAAAUCCUCUCGAGAUUGGGUGUUGUGCACAGAUCACCAAGGACAGGUGAAUCGACUAGGAAGGAUUGGGUUAAAACUAGUGAUGAUGCUACCCAAAAGUUUGAAAAAUGUUUUGAAACCAGCUUCUACUCCAAAGUCGCGAGUAACGUCGCCGAAAAUUUGGCAAAAUAUCUCGAUGGUUCAUUCAACUUCAACCCGGAUUCGGAAACCACAAUUAAAACAAGAAAAUCAAAAAAUAGCGUUGUAAUCAAUACAGCAGAAGGUUUCCCGAUCCUCUUAGCUUAUGAACAAUAUUCUCGUAACAUUUUUGAGAACUAUCUCCCUAGAUCUAUUGCACCAAAACAUAAAUGGAAGUGGGAUAGUCCAGAAAUAGAUAAAGUCUUUAUGAAUGCAGACCAAAUUAAGCGAGAUUCUCAUGCCAAUAAAUGCAUCAUUACAUUGGUUUCUAGUUUAGAUAUAUGGACCCAGUUAAGUAUGCGCAAAAAAUACGAUAAACAAUUUAAUAUUUCACAUAAUGUAGAGAAGAAGACUGAAAAACAAAACAUUAUCGAUAAAGAAUUAAAAGAAAUCCUAGAAAGCAGAGAACUACCAACGUCGUCUAAACAACUUGUAAAAUACACAAACGUACCAAGAACACCGGUUAGAGAAGCCACUGAAUUUCCUAGUUUUCUGGGUUUAACACCAACCACACCCAACUAUAAUUUAGAGCCUGCGGUUCUUAGUGGUGAAUGGGUGAGACCAAGAUGUUAUGUCUGUUGUGCAUGCGGUGCCCAAACUCGAGAUUCUAAAGCACUCUCGUCUCAUAUAUCGGUGCAUCAUCCUAAUGCCCAAGUACAGCAUUAUGAAAUAGUCGGGGAACCAUUACUAAAUGCUGACAUUUUAAAGCAUUUAUACGUACCGCCAAGCCAGGUGUGCAAUAGAACCCGCCCUUUGAGAGGAUUUAGAGACUGCACUAAGUGUAGGAAGUCGAUAACUUUAAAAGACUUACACCAACAUAUGCUGGAUUGUGCUGGUGAUACGCCCGCAGUGCGCAGAAAAUGCCGAUAUCGGCCGUUUGGAGUACGGAGAAGACGACCACGUCUGCCUGACAAUGUUAUUAGGCGGAAAAUACGAAAGGAUUUAAGGAAUCGUCACAAACAAAAGAACCACAUGAGGCCACGACAGAAAAUAAGGAGCGAAGUUGGUGAUGCCGAGACAAUCCGGAAAAUGAUUGCAGACCUGCCCGCAAAACGUCAUCGUGUAAUGGUUAAUCCACUUAAUCCUUCGUUACGACCUCGUCGAAAAUUGGACAAACAAAGAAAUAAGCUUUUAAUCAAACAUCGUACAUCCGAAGAUUCGAUUACUCGUAAACUUAGAUCCCUUAAAGAACUUAAUAGUUCUUCAAGUUCCUUAAACACAUCUACAAACAAAGAAGAAGUUAUUAGAAAUGUUAAAAAGAAGGAUAAUGAGGAUGACAAACCCUCUAAGGGUAAUGAAGAUGAUAAGUUUCUGAGACCAAUCAGACGACCAGCUGAUAAGAAUAACCGACCUUCUGAAACUCUUAAAAGAAAAGUCGUGCUUAAACGCACAAAACGAAAAAUUCAAAUGAAAAAUAUGAGUUCGGGAAAGCAGCCAGUGAACUCAGGUAAAAAGUCUAUGAACUCUAGCAAGCAAUCCUCGAGUUCAGGCAAACAGGCUACGGGUUCGAACAGUCAGUCGACGGGCUCGGGUAAUCAGACUACAAGGUCUGGCAAUCAGUCGACCAACUCAAGUAAACAGUCUGCGAGCUCGAGUAAUCAACCAACGAGCUCAAAUAACCAAUACUCAACUUCUGGAAAUCAAAAUCAACCAAGUGACAGUGACUCAAAUGGUGAUAUGAAUGAAUCGUCAGGUGACGACUUUCUUAAAAAUAAUACACCUAAAAAGAUCGAUGUUAAUAAUAGCCAGUUCAGUUCCAGACAGAAUUCUGGGCGUGGCGGUAAUUACAACCGGGGAAGUAAUAAUAACCGGGGAAAUCAUAGCAGAGAAAAUCAUAAUCGAUCAAACAAUCAUCGGGGAAACAACAAUCGAGGAAACUAUGAACGAGGAAAUAAUAGUCGCGAAAACUAUAAUCGUGGCAAUGAUAAUCAAGGGAAUGACAACCAGAGGAACCACCACCGCGGAAGUAGCCGCGGUGGUAAAGAAAAGAACACGGAAGAAGACGAUGGAGACCCCUCAACAGAUAAUGAUCCGAACGAUCUAAAUUAUUCGAUAGCAUCGUUAACAGCAGAUAGGGAAAGAGAGGGGACGUCCCUUCAAACCUAUCAAGGACUUUUUCGUCCCGACGAUUAUAACGACGAAGUUCAAGACUUGUCUAUGAAUCAAGUCGAUGAAAAUGAUGAAACAUAUGAAAAGGCUGCCUUAUCGUGUGGAAAGUUAUUAACCUUGGAAAAAUCCAGGGUUAAUAAAACACGAAAAGGCCUUAAUGCCUGUAUCGCGAUGUUAAAGAACAAACUUGAAGACCCUAAUAUUAAUAUUGACACUACCGAUAAUGACGAACCAGUUGCCGGACCAUCCGGUUAUUCUGUAACCAACCGGCUAACUAAUUUACCGGACAUAGACACACGUACGCAACCAGUUGCUCAAAUAGCAACUGGACGUGAACUUCCAAACGUGCAACCAAUAAUUCUGCCAGUUUCUCAUCAAGUUGAAAACCAACACACAGCAGAAUUUUUAUCUAGUAAUUUACAUACACCAUCAAUAUCUCAUACACGUACGGCCGCUCAAGCUGCACUACAUCCGUCUGAAUAUCUAGCUCUAAAUUCAACGGAAGCUAUAGCAGCAAGUCAUGCUGCACUCGCAACCACACAUACGGCCCCACAUUCGGCGGUAUCACAUUCAGCCGCUCAUUUAGUGGCUCCUCCAACUGCGCUUGCCAUGCCUCAUCCUGUGGUUCAUCCAUCGGCUUAUCCUGCAGUACAACUAGCUACUCAUGCAGCAAUGCAACAUGCGAACCAGCUGGGUGUGCCUUUUAGAAGUGACAACUUUAUCGAUCCAAAUCCUCGAUUCUUCUUACAGCCGCCUUUUGAUCGGAAAAUAGACCCGAAUCCGGCGGAGGUGUUCUCUCGGUCUGUGAUACCACUAGACAGAAUGGAUUUCCAUUAUCAAAGUAACCUGCCGCAACACAUAUCAAUUGAACAAGUAGCACAUGGUUUAGCUUUGUGUAAGGAAACACUUGCUGCUUCAGCCAAGGAUAGUGGCGGUAGCUACAGGGGAAGACAAAAGAAAUCAUCAGUUAGCAGCGGACAAACUAAGAAAACGCCCGUAAAAAGAAAAUCAACACGUUUAAGAUCAAACGCGCCACCUCAGCAGCAAUUGUUUGGUUUGCCCUCGCAGAUUGAAGUCAUUCCUCAAACCUCUAUGGGAGCACCACUUCCUCCUCCUCAUUUAACACUACAAUUUAAUGAUGAGUAUGCGAAUAAAAGUCCAGAUGGUGAUAAACAAAAGAAACGGAGGCAAAGUAACAACAACCAUAAUGAACCACAUCAACCAAAACCAACUAAUUUCUUCAAAGACUCAAAAUCCCCUCGUAGAGCUGAAUAUCAUCAUACGUAUGACAUGUCUGGUGGUCGCCUUAUUGAGAACAAAUCUUAUCAACACGCUGUAGUUAGUGAACAAAAUUCAAUAAGUGAACAACGCACGUUAUCGGAGCAUAGAUCGGCGGCUGACCUCAGAUUACACGAAGAACAGAGGACAGAUCAGAGAUCAUUUCAAGAUCAGAGAUCCUUAUCUGAUUAUAGAUCGCACAAUGAACAUAGAUCGCAAGCAACAGAUCGUAUAACCUUACCAGAUCCAAUUACAUUAGCAGAACAGAUGUCAUUAUUUGAACAAAGACCUUUCCGUGAUCCAAGAUCAUAUGCGGAACAGACGUUACCAGAACGGAGGACAUUUUCAGGAAAUUUUACUGAGCAUAGACCAUACUCUGAUUUGAGGUCACAUGUGGACCAUAAUAUUUAUCAAGAUCAUUCGUCCCGUUCUGACCCAAGGACAUAUCCUGAACAGUUACCAUUCUCGGAACAAAUGUCAUAUAACAAUUUGAGAUCAUUAUCCGACCCGAGACAGCACGUAGAUCCUAGAUCGCUUUCAGAACAGAUAACGUAUGCAGACCAAAGAUAUCCAGAUCAAAGGUUAUAUCCUGGACAAAGAACGUAUCCUGAACCAAUUUUAUGUCCAGAUCUUAGAACCUUUUCGGAACAUAUACCUCCACCUGACCAAAGACUAUACUCGGAACAACUGACAUAUGCAGAUCGCAGAUUGUUAACAGAACAAAAUAUAGACCAGCAUCCAACAAAUGAACAAAUGUUACCCCCAGAGCAAAGACCAGGUAAAAGAAGAUCUUCAAAAGAAAAGAAAACUGUUUCUGAUCGCAGAGUAUCUAGUGAACUUUGGCCUGCUUACGAACUUAGAUCGUCCAAUGACAAUUUAUCAAUGCAAGAACAUAUUACAAGCGAUCGCCGUAUAUCUGCGGAACAUCUGCUUUCUGCUGAACGCCGUGCCUCCGAUGAACGACUUUCUACAGAACAUAGACUAUCUACUGAGCGCCGAGUUUCAUUUGACCGUGGACCUUCUGGUGAAAGGAGACCUUCGUUUGACAGAGGAUCAAAUUCAGAACAAAGACCUACAUUUGAGCGCAGACUAUCAUUCGAACGCGGCCCUUCAUUUGAGCGUGGUCCGUCAUUUGAGCGUGGUCCGUCAUUUGAACGUGGCCCGUCAUAUGAGCGUGGCCCCUCAUUUGAGCGCGGGCCGUCAUUUGAGCGCGGGCCGUCAUUUGAGCGUGGGCCGUCAUUUGAGCGUGGGCCGUCAUAUGAACGCGGACCUUCAUUUGAUCGCGGCCCGUCAUUUGAGCGCGGGCCAUCAUUUGAACGCGGGCCAUCAUUUGAGCGCGGGCCAUCAUUUGAGCGUGGCCCUUCAUUUGAACGAGGUCCUUCUUUUGAACGUGGGUCCUCAUUUGAACGAAUUUCGUCUCGUGAACAAAGACCUUCUUUUGAACGAAGACCUUCCCAUGAACAUCGUCAUUCAACUGAACGUAGACUUUCCAACGAUCGAAGGUCAUCUAAUGAAAAGUACACAAACGAAACUGUUUUCUCGACAGAAGUAACAAGGCCGAGUGGGCAUAGGAGCAGUAGUGAAAUAUUUACUAAAGAACAUGCAGCUUCAGAACAAAGUCAUGAUCAAUGGUCUUCUAGGAACCGUAAUGUAAUUUCGGAACAAAUUUUAGAAAAUGAACAUACGAAUCACUUAUUGCAGCGAUCAAUUCACGAUCAAGGAUUAAACGAAAGAAGAGUCUCUGAACAUAGAUCAUCAAUGGAACAAAAACUAAUCACGGAACAGGAACUAAUGAUUCAAAAUAACCCAUUACGGGAGUACAGCGAAACAACUUCACGUCCUGAGAACUAUCAAGAAGCGCACUAUUCCAACAAUAAUGUACGUUCUGAUAGUGAUGGAUCUCAAAAGGUUCCAGAAGAAGAAGAAGACACAGACAUACCGCCUGCUCAGCCUUUGGAUCUAUCUGGAAGAGCAAUCCCAACAGAACGAUCUUCAGAUUUGGAAGUAACUACAGAAAACUACAGAUCUGACGGCUCUUUAGAUUUAUCAAAAAAGAAACCAGAUGAUGGUGUUGUAGACUUGCGCGUUAGCGUUGCAGCUCCUAGCCAGCCAGAACCCAAAAAACCUGCAGGUGCACCUGCAGAACCCAAAGGUGAAGAAGAUGGUGCUACUGAUUUAAGUGUUCCCAAGGAUUUAUCACUUAAAGGAAUGUCGAAGCAAAUAUCAACUGACAAAGAGGAAAAAUCAGCGUAUGGUAUUCAAAAUUUGCCAAACAGAGAUGCUGUAGCCAAGAAAUCUACAGAUACUUCAAGAGCCAUUGAUGUUGUUACGGAUUUCCCUACAGACUUGUCAACUAAAAGUGCAACUGCAGAAAUUCUCGAAGUGUCAGAGAUUAAAAAUGAUUCCGUUUCGAUAGAUUUAACAGCUGAUGAUGAAAGUAUUGUUGACGUCAUAAGUACCGAGGACACUAAACCUCCGUACAACAACUCAGUUGAUUUAAAAACGAAUUUAGCGCUUGCCGCAGAAAUGAGUUAUAACGAGCAAUAUACAAUUAGUACAGUUGAAAAUGGAAUUUCGCAAAUAGCUAAUCAAAUGGACAUGAGCGACGCUCGACGUAUUAUAGAUUCAAUCCAAUCGGAAUCUCAAUCUAUCCGCUCAUUACAUAGCACACACCUUAGUAGAGAAGUAGUACCAUCAGCUCAUGCAGGCUCCACGUUAAAUCCUGUGAAUGAUCCCGUUACAACAUUAUCGGUUUAUACAGCAUCAAAUCCUGUUAUGACAACAUCGGUGAAAAAACAUGACAGUUCAGCUACGAUAAAUAAUACUGUUGAUUUUACUGUAGCAAAUACAAUACCAGCUUACUCGUCAGCUAAUUCUAAUAGUGGAUUCGCAUUGAAUUAUGGGGCUACGGCAAGUGCCAGUUCAAUAACGGGACAACUAGCUACAACUAGCUUCUCACAAACAUCGGUAUCUAUAGAAACCACAUCGGAAACUAGUAGCAUUGAUUCAGAUAAAAAGUUUGAUACUGGUAAAGUUGUUACCGAAACUCAAGACCCUGAUAUUGCUAGGAAAAUAGCAAUGUUGCCUAAAGAACUAUUAGAAAUUAUAGGAACUAUGCCUGCUGAUCAUAGGGACCAACUCUUAAACGUACUCCCGCAAUACGUUUCUCCUCCGACGGCAACAACAAGAAAUAAUUGCGAAAAUAUCGUUCCCAAUGUUAUGCAGACAAAUGAUCCACAGUCAUCAUCUAACCGAUUAACACUUCGAGGACCCGAAGAAAUGGCUAAUAAUACUUUUAUUCCGAAUUACCAUUUGCCGACAAACAUGCAUCAUUGUACGUCUCAAUUCAUGAGAGCGUUUAAUAUGGAGAAAAAUAAUGCAAUGAGUUAUCUGCAACCUCCUCCACCGCCACCACCGCCACCGCCGCCGCCGCCGCCACCACCUCCGCCUGUACCGCAGCCACCACCUCCGCCACCGGCGGCACAACCACUGUUUCAAAUACUGCCUCCUCCACCACCCCCACCACCACUGCCACCGCCGUCAGUUGAAAUAAAGUCGUCGUCAGUUGAAAUUAAGUCGCCGUCUUCACCACCGCCUGAGAAUGUUGCAUCACAACCGGUACAAGUUGCAUCAACAGCAGAACCCGUACAGGAAAGAUUUAUUCCACCAUUACCACCGAAUCCACCACCGCCGUUGUUCCCACCUUUACCAGCAGUUGUUAAAACGGAUGUUGAUGACCCAGAAGAUAUAAAACCUAUCGCGACGUUAAAAGUGAAGGAGGAGAAAGAUAUUGACGUUGGUUGUGAAAAUGUACUGCCACUUGAACCGAUAGUUCAAUCGGAAAACAUCAAUGAAAAUAGGGAUUACAGAAACAAAAUAGUAGAUUUGACUGAAGACAGAAAUUCAUCCUUAAAUGAAAACAGGCUGAUGUUGGCAGAUAACUUACCUAAACCUGCGAUAUUAUCAACACAAGUAAUAACAAACUAUGUUACUGUAAUGACAACACCGAAACCUAAAACUGUCAGUGAUAAAACGGCUAGCUUAAGAGCUGUACGUAUUAAAACUCCAUCAGAAAGGAAAAAGUCAUCUUCAAGCAGUGAAAAUCAAGCUUCUUUACUUGCUAAACCAACAAAUAUACAUGAAAUAGCAACAAUUAGAGAGCCACCCAAAGUAAUAGAAAAUCAACCAGUGGAAAAUAACCCUAUUAAAUCAAGAUUAGUUUAUAAUGUCACACAAGUUCAAGAUGAGAAAGAUAAUAAACCUUUGGAACUUAAUACAUCGCCAGCUAUCCAACAAGGCGAACACAGUAGCACUCGACAGAAAAAGGCAUGUAGAUCAGCUGCCCCCAAACAUUCCUCAGCCGAGUUACCUGUAGAAACAAAACCGUUAACAGAAAAUUCUACUAGUAAUGAAUUAGGAAAACGACAAACUAUAAAAGAAACACGAAAAAUAGAAAAUGAUUCAAAGAAUGUUCAAACCACUAUGGGUGUAAGAAGGAAAAUAUCUUUCAGUUCACUACAAGAUAAAGAUGUUCGCCUACAAUCUUACUCUUCAGAAACAUCAUUUAAUCUACAAGUGCCGAAUGAAACUCAGCAAUUAUCAUAUAACAAUCAAGAGAUAAGUGUUACAAUCAGAUCACCCCAGGGUAGUCCUGCUGGAGAUAAGCAAAUAUCGGUUGAUAAACCAGCAACUGAUGUUGACCGUAAUGCAACAACUGGUGAUGCUAUUGUUGAUGAUGAAGAUUCAGAUGAUGAUGUUUCUCUUGCAGUAAUUGUUAAAAAUCGUGACCAAAUGAAACAGAUUUUGCAAAAACUAGACAACGAAUGUUUAAUCACCAAUGAAAAUAAAGAUGUGGAUAAAUUAAGAGGGACAAACGAUAUUAGCAAAUGCACAACUUAUCACUCAAGCACAGAUGUAACUGCUACAAAGCAUCAAACACCUCUCACCGAGGACAGUGUGAAGGAAGUACCAAGCAAUAAUCAUUCUGUUGAACGCUCAACAAACGAAACAGACCAACAGUGUACAGAAGAGAUUGUGCCACCAAAUUACAAAAAUAAACAAUAUAUGGAUCCACGUCACGAUAGUUUUGAAAAGACAAAAUGUAAAGAAAAUGACUCCCCAAUUUUAGAAAAUUCCACAAUUAUUCUUAGUAAAUCUGAGAAUGGAAUGCUCAAUCAGACUGACACUCAAUUAAAAAUAAAUGAGGGAGCACAUGAAAGUGCUAUGCAUGAAAGUAUUGCACUUAAACACUCAGAAAAAGAUAAAUUAAAACAAGAUACCUGCAAAUCCGACUUAAGCGACCCUCGUGUUGAAAAAAGCAAACAUAAGAAAAAACACAAACGUAAAUUGUCGACCAUCGCGGCAAAGGGUGACAUAAAUGACCAGACUGCUACAACAAAAGAUAACUCUUCGAACAUUUUAAAUAAUAGUGCAAAUGUCCCAGAUUUGGAUAAAAUGCUUGAUUCUCAAGACUCCAAAACUGUUUUAAAUCAAAAUAAUGAGACUGCUGCUGUAGAAAAUUUGGCAUCUAACCUGGAACAUAUAUGUGACAACGAUAAAGAAGAAACUUAUGAAGAAACCAAUAAAGAAGUUGAAAAAGAUGAAGCCAAUGAUUUGCAAUCGCAUUCUGAAUCGACCGAAAAUAAUUCAAAAUCACUAAGACGCAGCAGGCGUGGAAAAUCUGUAGUUGCUGAAGAUGUGCCAAUUGGAUCUGAAAAUUUGGAUGAAACUGAACCUUCCACGGAACAGAAAACACCACUAACUAAAAAACAACUUAUUUUUUCAAAAUUGUUACAAGAUGAAGAAAUUCACACCGAGCCAAAAGCUCACUCGACACCCGAAAAAGAUGUAAAUGAUACUGAGGAACGUAGGAAGGCAAGUGAGGAAGGCAAUUUGGAAACAAAACCCCCUAUAAGUGAUAAUUUAGAUAACCCUAAAACUAGUGGUUUAGAAAAAUGCAAAGACACUAAACGUAAGAAAGCAAUUAAAGCAAAAAAGAUUUGUAAGAAAAAUCGAUCCCUAAAAAUUUCUGGAAAACGUAAGAAAAGGCAUUCUCAUAAGUCCAAGAAGAUGUUUAAACUAAGAAUACGAUCUGAAAGUCCUAUCCGCAUCGAAUAUCCGCGGAACCCGAAUCUUACAGCAGAAGAACAGUUUGCUGUAACCGAGAACCAAAUAUUACUUAUUCAACAAGCUCGAGAUGAAUAUGAAAAAGCUAAUGCUUGUCCUAUUUUUUCGGGACCCACCACAAGCAGGGAGUCAUUAAAUACUUCUGCAGAAAAAAGAAAAUUACAUGAACCGGCUACUGAAGAUCCUAAACAAAAUUCACAAGGAAAGAAACUUAAAUUUAUUGAAAGUAAUGCUCAAGAUAAUGGAAAUAGUUCAUCGUUGCCUUUAGGAAAACGUACUACAUGUUACAUGCAAGCUGCUUUAAGAAAGACUCGAUCCAAAUCUGUCGUGGUGAAAUCUUCUAAUGAAAUUUACGACCCUUACGAUAUUGACCUAGAUGAUAUGAUUGAACAACCGGAAUUGUUUAAAACUGAAACCAAUGAAAAAGAUUCAGAAAAUCAGAACAAUAACAAGAGAUAUAAGGGGAAACAAUUAGUAUCUAGUAAAAGUCAGAACUGCUUUAAAAGGUCGAAACCUCAAAAUGAUACUAGUGAAAAUAAAACACCACCAGCACCUAAAGAAGAAGUGGUAGAUUCCGACGACUCUUCAAAAAGUGAUGUUCCACUAAAUAAAUACAUUCAAGAAAAAGAAAAGAAAGCUCUACUGUCUGGCAAAACGUGCUCCAAACGAAAUCCUAAUUCAGAAAAAACUGGAAAACGGAGUGCAACGUGCACUAGAGUCAAUACCGAUCGCAAAAAAUCCAGACGAACGUGUUCUUCUUCGCCUGAGUUAGAAAAAUCUGGUACAUCAAAUGACGUCGACGAACUUCGAUCUGAACAGUUCAUGGAAAGUUUUGGUUUCUUUUCACAAAGAAAACCACGCAAAUCUAAUUUAUUGGCGUCUAAGAAAAUAUCUGAAACUUUCCAUAUCAUUGCUAAUGAAAGUGAUGAUUCAUGUCUUAGUCCUAGGAAAAGAACUACUAGACGCACGAAUCGAAACGAUGCUAGAAGAAGAUCCCGAGAUACCAGAGCAAAAAAACCUGUUACGAGUAAAAGAAGAAUAAAAAAAUUACCGAAAGUGAGAAGAUCUUUAUUCUUACCGCCCAUACCAUGCUUCUGUCGUUUAUGUAAAAAAGAAUUUAGGCGAUCGGAUAACUUUUUGCGACACCAAAUGAAUGUACUUCAUGUGGCUAAAUUAGCUGAAAUAGAAUUAAACAUGAGAACCAAUGCCAUAUAUGAGAAGCCAAAUUAUCUUAUUGCAUAUAAAAGUCAAUUAGAUCGACUGAGGUUAAGGACCAAAAAAUAUGCUAAGAAGAAAAAUCAUCCCAAAUUGAUAAUGCCAACAUUAGAUAAGAUUUUGGUAAAAGUAAAUAAUAUAAUCAAAGAACAAAAAUUAGCUCAGAGAGGACUUAGUAUGGAUGAAGCACUUUUUAUUGAUUGUUGUCAAUUACUUCAGAAUAAUAAAACUGAGAUCAAGCCUGCGGCACCACUAGCAGUUUUAGAACCAGUUGCCAAUAAUUUGUCUGAACCAAUUGUCAAAGGAUUUGAUCUAUUAGAAAAACCGCUUAAAGGUGACGGUGAUGUGGAUUCAAUUACAGCUAAAAACAUAUUAGAGAGCGAAGAAGUGAAGAACUUGGAAAAGGACUUAAUUUCUGGUCUAAAGGAAGCUGCUAAUGCUAAUUCUAAGAAACCUAAAGCUAUGUUACAACGAAGUGUUAGUGAUGUGGGAUUAGAGCAGAGUGACGAUGGCCAGAUAAGUUACUGCAGUCCUGAAAUCGCUGGACCUAGUAGAGCGCAACUUGUUCUAGAAGAUGCUAAUAAGUGUAAAGAAUCCAAUCCUAAUAAUGAAACUAAACAUGAUGAUGAAAGUUAUUCUCUUCUGGUUAAUGUUAAGGAUGAAAAUGCUUAUUUAGAAGUUCAGCCUAAUGUUGAAAAUCUUCACACUGAAACUAAUCCCAACUUAAACGAUUUUAAUGAUAACAAGACUCAUCUAGAACCAAAUCGUACUGAUGGAAAACCUGAAGAAUUAGAACUUCAUGAUAAAAAUCGUGAACCCGUGAACCACAAUGUUGAAGAGAUUUAUUCAGACCCUGCCCCUAAUGAUGAAACAUCUUGUCCUGAAGUCAAUGAUGAAAAAGCUGUUCCUGAAGUAAAAAUUAAUGAUGAGCAACUUAGACCUGAGGUUAAUCCUAAUCUUGAAAAUACUUGUCCAGGACCUAAAGCUAAUGUUGAAAAAUCUAGUUCAGAAUCUGUUCCUAGUAAACCGAAAAAGCAACCAGAAGUUAAAGACAAAAUGUAUCCCGAUAUCAUUGAUCCAAUAGACAUGUUUGAAGAUAAAUUUGACAAGAUAAAAAGAAAGUGUAGAUCUCAGGCGGCGGCUGCAAAGCAAACACAAGCUGCUGCUAUUGAAACUAAUAACAGUUUCAAGUCCCGGAAGAAGUCUGAAAAGAAGAAAACGCGCAGAAAUUCUAAAAAAGGUCACCAAAGCUCUCAAGUCCUAACAAAAGGUGCCCUAAAAGGUUUUGAUGGAAUUAAGGUUUCUAUACCCACUUCAGACAUCAAUAUUUCUGGAAUUGUGCCCACUCUAACGCCCUCACCUAAAAAGAAAAAGAAGGGUAGCUCAAAGAACAGAAAAGACAAGACAGAUUCAAAUGGGAAAAUGGAAAGGUACGGCGGAGAUGGUUCUACUUCACAAAAGGAGGUUGACGUUUAUGAAUUUUUGGAUAAUGAAGAUGCAGUUUUUGAGUUCAGACCUUCAACUUUAAUGGAGAGAUUUAAAAAUAUAAGCUACAACAACGAUGGACCUAGUACAUCCAAAUUCAAUGCUGGAGUAGAUCCCGAUAAUUCUAGUGAUAGCGCUUCAGAUGGAGACGACUUCGUAUACAUGUCUGAUGAUUACGUGUGCAGCGACGAUGAAACUGAAAAUAGUUUGAUGUCUUGUGAGAUGAACAGUGGCAAAGUGGGCAGUGAUACAAAGAAAAUUUCGUCUCCGCUAAAAAGAAAAGAUGCUUUAGAGAAAAAUGCAGUCAUGGGCAAGAUAUUCAAACAUAACGCAGUACGUACUGACAAGAAGAAAAUUAAGGAAACUGUCAAACCCACAGCUAAUUUAGAUCAAUUAUUUGACAGUUUACUUGAGGAUAAACCAAAAACUUCCGACUCGUAUGAUGAAACGGCAACUACCAAAGAUGAAGAUUUCGUAACACCAAAACAACAUGAUCUAUCUUACAAAAAUGAUAAACACAACCGAAGUACUUCAAGCAGAGAUGAAUAUUCUUCAUUAAGAAAAGUAAAGAGCCCAUCACCCAAACAGCAAACCAUGUUAUCUCCGAAAGAAUAUGACAGCCCGCCCUUCAUAGACUAUGGCCCUUCGACAUCAAAAUCAAUUCCGACGGAGUUUGGACCGACUACAUCUAAAAAACGAGAUGUGCCGAAAGACAAAGAUCACUCUCCGAAAAAGCACGAAUCGAAACAUUCAUCUAGUAAAUAUAGCGAACCCCUAACUUCAAAAACUGAUUUAAUUACUGGAAAGCAACAUGAUACAUUAAAAGAUAGAUCAUUUAAAGAUAAGUCUCCGGUCAACAAAUUAGAUGAACGCAUUAGCCCAAGUUUUGAUUAUAAUGCUGAUGUUUACGACCAAAUCCAAUAUGAUGACAUGGGAGUGGCUAGACAAAGGGCGCGUCGUAAAUGCACUGUGGGAAAACAAAAUGUGCUGGCUGAAAGUUGGAGUUCGGAAUCAGAGCCAGAUGCUAUACCGCCACGUCCCAACAGCGCCGAGUCAGUUAUCCUGACUUCACGUAAAAAGAAAGGCAAGAAAAAGGAUCAUCAUUCCAGUGCAAAACGUACGAACAGACAUAUAUCGUUUAAAAAGCGAGAUGUCGAAAACAGGGUAAACAAUAACAGCCGCCACGGAAGUUAUUCCGGAACUAGUCGAGCCUACAAUGAAAGUGAUGACGCAGAUAGAAGCACGGUGAAUCCAUACGAUGCGCCGACGCCAUCAACAUCAACAGCGCACACGCAUCUCGGACCACCGACCGACCGACCGAGACCGCGUCCCCGCACCACGGCCUACUACAACUGGUCGUCCGACGGGGAAGACGAACAGGAACAUCAACCGCAGCAUGGCUGGAUCGUUGGAGACAGCCAUAAAAAGUUAGUUACAAUGCUCGCACAUGCGAAAGGACGGAAGCGCAACAACGACGACAAACGUCAUUUCGUUGAGUAAGGUUAGUUUAUUAGAUUAUAUUAAUCUUGUACAUAUUAUUGUAAAUAAACUUCUUUUUACCGAUUGUCGAUUUUACGGCAUAUGACCAGAAAAAUGGUGAAAAGAAUGUUGUGUAAAUAUUGUAUAUCUCUAUGAAAUAUUUUAGUUAAAUUUUGAAUGAACUGGUACUUUCAGAUUUAUAUUAUAUAUUCACAUUCAAGUCCAUAAGUAGCCAAAUUUGGGGAACAUUUAAUUAAUUUGAUAUCUAUGGGUACCGUAGACGUGGGCAUUUUUAGUUCAUAUCAUCUAUUCUAGAAUUGUACAUUUGCAUUAUUUUUUAGACUCUUUAGAGAUCUUCGGACAUCCUCAGGUUUUUUAUAUUAUGAUUUUUAGUACAUAUACAGUGCCUACCGAUAUUAACUUUGGAUACUAAUAUUUAUUAUAAACACAAAAUCCAGAAAUUACCUAAAUAUAUUUGUUAUUUUCUUUCCGUUUAAUUUUUGUUGAAAUUUACUUCUAGCCUUCGGAGUCUUGCUUCAGAGCAUUGAUAAUUAUUACUAACUAAUUACUAUAUCUACCAUUAGCAUAAUCUGAAAAUAAUAUUUGAUACUAAUGAAAAUCAUACAAAUACAACCGUAUCAUCUGUCUAAAAAUGCCGCGUUCUGUCAAAAGUGCUGUUGGAAAGUCAAUAUAAUUUUAUGCGCAGAAGUUUUGAAGCAUAAUAAAGAUUUAAUGUUCCUUUCAUCAAUUAUUAGUAAUUUAAAUAGAUGUAUUUUGUUUUGGAAAUUAUUAUAUAAUUGAUUAUGGAUCGUCUUAUCGACUGAAUGUCUUUGUUAUGUAAAAGAGUUUUAUGUUAGUAGAGUCCAUAGGGGCUGGUAAAGCGGUCUGAGUGAUUUGUGUAUCAUUGAGUAAAUUAAUUUGUUAACUAUUUUUAUACAUUAGAUAUUUUGAGUAGUCGAAUGUUUUACACAAUUGUGAAAUCUCAUGCAUUAGUUAUUGUUGUAUCUAGUCCAAUAAGGAAAGACUAAAUGCCGCAUUAUCAGCCUCGCAACUAUGUGAUUUAUUUUCCAAUGUACAAGAAGACUUAUAAUUUUGAUUAUAUAAGUAUUCGUAACAUGAAGUAAUGACAUUGGCUUGUAUUUCGUUUAGUUUGAAUAAAUGAUUAUAUGUGUUUAUUAUAUUAAUUUCUUUUUUUUUUCAAAUAAAAAUCAUAGAUAUUUUUAUUUAUUUCUUUUUUUAUAUACAUAUAUAUUAUGUCUUAUUUUCUUCCAGGAUAACUUUAUAGUAUUCUAAUGCAAAGUCGUUACUUAUUAUAAUAAUAAUCAAUAUCGAUUGUCCUCAUACACAUUUAUCGUAAUUUUUGAAUUAAUAAUGCAAUACUCUGUUGUUUGCGGUGUGAUGAAUGUUGUAUGUUAAAAGUCGCUGCUUCAAUUUUGAUUAAACACGAAUACUUUGCUGUUAUAUAUUUAUGCAUAUUUGUACUUUAUUAAAAAUUAUGUCAAUGAGUCUCAGGACAAUCACUGUUAGCCGUUAUAAUUGAUGUGAAAUACAUAUUGAUAAUCAGUAGUUACAUAUAUACUUUCCCAAUGUUCCAGUGUUUUCAUUAACUAAUGUAAUUUUAAACAGACCCGUAUAAUAAUCGUGCGUAGUUGAAAUUUUUAGUUAUUAUUCCUGAUAUUAAUAUACGUAGAAAAAUUUAUGUGUCUAUUUCACAAUCUCCCUUCGUAUAAAGCCUUUGUUGGACGUAUUUUUAGAUUGUAGUAAUAUAAUUAUCCAUUUAUAAUAACAUAAUAAUCUUCUUUCAAGUUCUAUCUGUGUCUAAAUGAGUCUUGAUAAGUAACUAGUCAGUAGGUAUGUCAAAUGUACCGAGAUCUUUAUUGUUAAAGGAUUCAAGGGAGAUGUGUAAUAGUAAAACUUUCACCAUUUAAUAUCACUGAUUUUCUUGUUUAUUUAGCUUAGGCUAUCAUUUUUAUUAUAAACAAUAAACAUAUCCCUGAAAGUACAAAA